GGGCCGGCGACUACAUCGCCCGGGUGGACGAGCCCCAGUCCUGCUCCUACGUCCUGACCGUCCACACCACCCGCAUCUGCCACCACCCCUUCCUGCGCCCGCCGGCCGGCGCCACGCCGCAGCCCAUCCUCUGCCAGCCGGCGCUCAGCCCGGCGCAGUACGUCGAGUACGUCCGCGCCCAAGUCUCUGACACCAAGCGGAAGGUGGAGGAGAUCUCGGAGGAGCUCAAGACGUUGGACACGAGGCUGUGGAGUGAGAGGGACGCCGAGACCCCCGCCCAGCCCCCCGAGGGCGCACCGGCGGCCCACGCCACGCCGGGGGACGAGCCAGACCCAGCCAAGGAGGCGGCUUUUUGGGAGCGGGUGCGUGAGGUGACCGGCAAGGCCAACGGCCAGCAGGACAACGCCAGGGCGGAGGAGCCGUCCCCAAAGGCAACUGGCGGCCCGGCAGCUGAUACGCGGAAGAAAAUCCAUUUCAAGGUGAUCAGGAGCCCCGGGGACCUGCUCCAGUUCAUCGAGGAGCUGAAGGAGAACACCAAGAAGGCCAAGGAGAAGGCGAGCGAGGAGGAGGAGGAGGCGGCAGCAGUAAAGGCUCCCCUGGACCCCCCUGUCCCUGAGGAGCCCCCAGCAGGCGAGAGGGAGCGGCCGGAGGAGGAAGAGGAUGAGGAGGAAGACGGGGACCUUCUGGGUGGCUUUGAGAAAGAGCUGGAGGCCGUUCUGCUGCCCCGGGAGCAGAUGGCUCAGCUGAAGGAGGAGGUGAAGACCGAGAUGGAGAAGGAGUUCGACAACAUCAUCAACGAGGUGGAGGACGAGCUGGAGACGGAGGGGCUGAAGGGGGAGUUUGACCGUAACCAGGCCUCCAAGUCCUUGGCCUCCACCCUCAACCGCCUCAUGGACAAGCUGGACGGGGGGGGCCCAGGCCCA